CAGGAAAAUAAACAUUUGUAGCGUUUGUCCUAUUUACGACGCGUUUAAGUUGAUUCCGUGCAUGAAUAAGUAAAAUUGUGGUUUAUACAAGAGUAUACUUACUCAGAUUCUUAUUUGUGCUGGCCGUGUAUGUCUAAGAGUGAUUGAGAAUGGUUUACAUUCAUUUCCCUUCCAACUUAACAGAGGAGGAGCUGAUGUUGCAAGCCAAGUAUGCAAAAUUGAAAAGAAAAAAGAAAGCAUUGCAAGCGCUGAAAGCGCCCAAACAGGAGCCGGAAAAGAAUUUGCUUCCAAAACGUCCCGCAGACGCCAGGGAUGCACGUGAGGUUGCACGAAAGUUAUUAAAAAGCGGUGCUAUAUCAGCAAUCCAGAAACCGCAACCGAAGCAGGAUAGUUCCUUCAAGCGACCGAAAGGACAGGAAAGAAAAAGAGCCCCACCAGAAUUGACACCCGGAGGCCAAUAUCAAUCGUUCGGGGCGUCGACGGAAUUCGACAACAUCAGUUCGUCUACAACCACCCCAGCGUCCACCAAUACCGGAUCGGCAGCGGCCACUGCUGUAGAACGUCCGACCAGUCCAGUGGAAAAGGAAACGAGCCGCGUCCAAAAUCUCUACCAACAGUUUGCAAAUGAGCGUGACAAAGAAGAGCAAACGGAGAAGGCCAAACCUGGCGAUGCGUCUAAAGAAAAGCCACGCUCCGGUAACACCGUUUACGUGUCGGGUAACAAGGUUACGGAAGACUUUCUGAAGAAACAUUUUAGCGAGUUUGGCGAAAUUCUUAAUAUUUCGAUGGAGAUCGAAAAGGGGCGUGGAUUUAUCACGUUUUCAAAAACCGAAUCGGCCGAUAAGGCUAUAAGCGAUCUUCAUUCUAAGACGGUUGGCGGUAUACAACUGCAAGUGCAACUGGCACGCCGACAGCCGCAGAUUAAUCCAAUCAAUGACGCUGGAUCUUCCGCGGUCUGGUCUGCGUUGGCAACAAAUCGUUCACAGAAAGGCAAACACAAGGAUAAUCGAGAGUUAGUUUGCUAUGAUCACGAUGAUAUUUUUUAAGCGAAAAAGUGCUGUUUUUAAGGAAAAUAUAAGGACAUAAAGGAUAUGAAUGUAUGCUAUUCGAAAUGAAAUAUAUAUAUAUAUAAAUCAUA